AUGUCCGACCAAAAGCCAUCAAACACAUACCAUUUUUCUUCAGACAAGAUCCUCAAAACUAGCUCUCACUACCAGUUCCACCAUGAGAAUAUGAACACUCCCAAAACUAGUAAUAGUACAACUCCUACCGUUGCCACUAUAAGUCCCUUCUCUUACUUGGAUUUGACAUCUUAUGACAAACCACCCAAUGUUUUCACUCCGGUGUCAUGUUUAGAACAACAAUACCUCACAAAUCUCUUUCUUUCUACACAAGAAACACAACCUCAGUUUCCUAGGCCUACCUUGUCCAACGAAAUGAUCCCAUCGUUUAUACUAAACACGCCCUCAGAUUCGACCUACAUGGGAAUGGGAGAAUACACAAGCCAUAUCGACCUUAGCGCAGUGUUGGCCCAAGAAGAUUGUCCCGCCCUUGUAAGUCUACAACAGGAGUACCAAGAGAAAGGAUUCGAAGGAAACGGCGUAAUGAAGAACAUGCAUGGUUCCAGUGAAGAUCAUCAUGGUCAUUGCGACUCACUUCGGUAUGAUGAUUUCGCUUCAACGAUUGAUGAGAGCCACCAUCAUCAUCAUCAAGACCUGAAACAGAACAUGACGUUGCUGGAGAGUUAUUAUUCAUCUUUAUCGUCCAUUAAUGGUGAUUUACCAGUUUGUUUCUCCACAACUUGA